AUGUGUUGGUCUAUGAAAAGCUCGUUUACCUUCUCAUGUCUUGGUUUUAUCAUGACCAUGGACCAGUUGAGAAGAUUGCCUUCUGCUAAAUCGAAAGUUGCUCAACUUUCUCAAGUGUUCCUCUACUUGACUUAUGCUCUCAUGGAAGCACUCCAAUUUUUCCAAUAUUACUAUGGUUUAGUCGAUUCCUGUAAUAGUGAAAGUAAUAAGAAUUUAACCAUUGUUGCUCACUUUUUAGUUUGGAUUCAACCAUUGGUUCAAAACUAUUGGUGUCUUAACCAUACUUUAAAAUCUAGAUCGGUCUUUAGAUUUGCCAUUGUUGCAUCCCUGAUUUGUCUUAUUAUUUCUACAAUUGCCUUGUAUAUGGGUUACAAUCAAAUGAUGGGACAUGGCCCAAAUACUAAUCAUAUGAGUGCCAAUGAAUUAUUAACAAAGUUUGGUACCUCUCCAAAAUCUGUUGAAAUUACUUCCGAUGGUUAUGGAACUGAAUCUAGGGUGAAUAAUAUUCCAAUUCAAAAUGUUGGAUCAUCAAUGUGUUCCUAUCAAGGUCCAAAUCACUUGUACUGGAUGUUCCCAUAUCAUCAACUGUGGGGUUAUUUGCCUCACUGGGGAACUUGGUUGCUUAUUACAGUAUUGCCUCACUUCUUUAGAGUUCAUGAUGAUAAGGAUUGGUUCAUCUCCAAUAGAGUGUUAGGAAUUGGUGUUUUGAGUGGAUGGUUAAUUAGUUUGGUUGUCUCGGUUAGUAUUGGUGUUUUCCAUGAGAUUUGGUCUUAUUGGUGCUUGAUCUCUGUGCCAUAUCUUGUGUUGCCGUACUUGUACAAGUGGAUUUGGAGAGGCUUAUUAGGUUGGAAGCAUCCAGAUCAUGCUUUCAUCAAUGUUCAACAAAAGAAGAAGAAUUAA